CCGCUUACUGGUCAAGGGGAAAGAGACAGAGCACAUAGCCAAAACUUGUAAAUUCUCGUCAUUUUUGAAUGGCAAUAACCGAACUAUUCUAGUCUAAGCCCAUGCGUUUUGUCAAUCUUUGCCCUUCAUACCCCGCAUAUAAUUAUCAUAUAUUCCUCUCAAACGAUCAGUUGCUGCUUUAAUAAAAUACUAGGGGUUUUGAAGCAUCUGCGACAGUUGCAGAUUUAUCCACAAGAAAUAAGUUCUUUUGUGGAUAAUAAAAACCAUGGGCUGCUUUGGUUGUUGUAAGGACGAUUACAUGCAAAAGGCUGCUGAUAAUGGACCUUACAUGACAAGUCACUCAUCUGGCAAUCCUGCGGGUUAUCAUGCCACAGAAACAGCACAAAAGGACAAACAGACUAUUACUGUCCUGCCGAUUGCUGUCCCUACCAUUCCAGUUGAUGAAUUAAGGGACAUCACCGAUAAUUUUGGUUCAAAGUAUUUGAUUGGUGAGGGAUCAUAUGGAAGGGUAUACUAUGGAGUCUUGAGAAGUGGACUUGCUGCAGCAAUUAAAAAAUUAGAUUCCAGCAAGCAGCCAGACCAAGAAUUUUUAGCACAGGUUUCUAUGGUUUCACGACUAAAGAAUGAAAAUGCGGUUGAGCUACUUGGUUACUGUGUGGAUGGUGGUCUUCGUGUCCUGGCUUAUGAGUAUGCUGCAAAUGGAUCUCUACACGACAUUCUUCAUGGACGAAAAGGUGUCAAAGGUGCACAACCAGGUCCUGUGCUGACGUGGCCCCAAAGAGUUAAGAUUGCUGUGGGUGCUGCAAAAGGACUAGAAUACUUGCAUGAAAAGGCAACUCCUCACAUCAUCCAUCGUGACAUUAAGUCCAGCAAUGUUUUACUGUUUGAUGAUGAUGUUGCCAAGAUUGCCGACUUUGAUUUGUCAAAUCAAGCCCCUGAUGCUGCAGCUCGUCUUCAUUCUACCCGUGUUCUUGGAACUUUUGGUUAUCAUGCCCCUGAGUAUGCAAUGACUGGCCAGUUAAGUUCAAAGAGUGAUGUUUACAGCUUCGGUGUGGUACUUCUGGAACUCUUGACUGGCCGUAAACCUGUUGAUCAUACAUUGCCCAGGGGACAGCAGAGUCUUGUGACAUGGGCAACACCAAAGCUCAGUGAAGAUAAGGUGAAGCAGUGUGUUGAUGCUAGACUAAAUGGAGAGUACCCUCCUAAGGCAGUUGCAAAGAUGGCUGCAGUUGCUGCCUUGUGUGUGCAAUAUGAAGCUGAUUUCCGUCCUAACAUGAGCAUAGUAGUAAAAGCACUCCAGCCUCUGUUAAAUACUCGGUCUGGGCCUCCUAAUUAAACAUCAAGCUUGUGAUUUUUAUUUUUUUAUUUUAUUUUUUGGAUCUGUAUUUCUCAAGAUUUCAUUCAAAUUUAGAUUUACGUUAUAUAGUUUGUUAAAGAUCCUUGCCUCCAGACUGUACCCAUCUCUGUUAAGAGACUUGUGAAACAUACUUUCAGUGCAAUGCAUAAAAUCAUUCUGCGUGUA